CCGGUGCUCAGCGGAAGCGUGGGGCGCAAGAGGACGACUCUUGGUAAGGAAUCGGCUCUCCUCUGGGCGCCCAACCGGAAUCAUGUCGAGUUUGGCGGUGAGAGAUCCGGCGAUGGAUCGGUCCCUGCGUUCCGUGUUCGUGGGGAACAUUCCGUAUGAGGCCACCGAGGAGCAGCUGAAGGACAUUUUCUCGGAGGUCGGUUCUGUGGUCAGUUUCCGGCUGGUGUACGACCGGGAGACGGGCAAGCCCAAGGGCUAUGGCUUCUGCGAGUACCAGGACCAGGAGACGGCGCUGAGCGCCAUGCGCAACCUCAACGGGCGCGAGUUUAGCGGCCGGGCGCUGAGGGUGGACAACGCGGCCAGCGAGAAGAACAAGGAGGAGCUCAAGAGCCUGGGGCCCGCGGCGCCCAUCAUCGAUUCGCCCUACGGCGACCCCAUCGACCCGGAAGACGCCCCCGAGUCUAUCACCAGGGCGGUCGCCAGCCUGCCCCCCGAGCAGAUGUUCGAGCUCAUGAAGCAGAUGAAGCUGUGCGUGCAGAACAGCCACCAGGAAGCGCGAAAUAUGCUACUGCAGAACCCCCAGCUGGCCUAUGCGCUGCUGCAGGCCCAGGUGGUGAUGAGAAUCAUGGACCCGGAGAUCGCUCUGAAAAUCCUGCACCGCAAGAUCCAUGUCACCCCGCUCAUCCCGGGCAAAUCUCAGCCCGUGUCCGGCCCUGGUCCUGGCCCCGGCCCCGGCCCCGGCCCAGGGCUGUGCCCGGGACCCAGUGUCCUGCUGAACCAGCAGAACCCGCCAGCCCCUCAGCCUCAGCAUAUGGCCAGACGGCCAGUGAAGGACAUUCCUCCUCUGAUGCAGACCCCUAUCCAGGGCGCGAUCCCGGCCCCGGGGCCACUGCCAGCCGCGGUUCCUGGACCGGGGCCUGGCUCCCUAACUCCCGGUGGAGGAAUGCAGCCCCAGGUGGGAAUGCCAGGCGUUGGUCCAGUGCCUUUAGAGCGGGGACAGGUGCAGAUGUCGGAUCCCCGAGCGCCUCUACCUCGUGGACCCAUGUCUGCCGGUGGCCUGCCUCCUCGAGGGCUAUUGGGAGAUGCUCCAAACGACCCCCGCGGAGGGACUUUGCUUUCAGUCACGGGGGAGGUAGAGCCCAGAGGCUAUCUUGGCCCACCUCAUCAGGGCCCCCCCAUGCACCAUGGGUCCGGUCACGAUGGCCGUGGCCCUUCCUCCCAUGAGAUGAGGGGAGGACCAUUAGCAGAUCCCAGACUGCUAAUUGGAGAGCCUCGUGGACCCAUGAUAGAUCAAAGGGGUCUCCCGAUGGAUGGUAGAGGCGGUAGAGAUUCUCGAGGGAUGGAGCCUCGAGCCAUGGAGACUGAGGUCUUAGAGACGCGAGUAAUGGAGAGAAGAGGAAUGGAGACCUGUGCAAUGGAGACCAGAGGAAUGGAAGCUCGAGGCAUGGAUGGAAGAGGAAUGGAGAUAAGGGGCCCUGGCCCCAGUUCCAGAGGCCCGAUGACUGGUGGAAUUCAGGGUCCUGGGCCCAUUAAUGUGGGGGCGGGUGGUCCUCAGGGACCCAGACAGGUUGCAGGCAUUGCAGGGGUGGGAAAUCCUGGAGCGGGCAUGCAGGGGACAGGCAUACAAGGAACAGGCAUGCAGGGGGCAGGCAUACAAGGAACGGGCAUGCAGGGAGCGGGCAUACAAGGAACAGGCAUUCAGGGGGCGGGCAUGCAAGGAGUGGGCAUGCAGGGGGCAGGUAAGCAAGGUGGCGGCGGUCAGCCUAGCAGUUUUAGUCCUGGGCAGAGCCAGGUGACUCCGCAGGAUCAAGAGAAGGCGGCUCUGAUCAUGCAGGUUCUGCAGCUGACCGCUGACCAGAUCGCCAUGCUGCCCCCUGAGCAAAGGCAGAGCAUCCUCAUUUUAAAAGAACAAAUUCAGAAAUCUACUGGAGCUUCCUAAUAGGUUUAGGAAGUGUUUGACAGUAGUCUCCAGGGUGCAAAAAGCUGAUCUCUGCAUCCCCACACUUGAAUGAUGAGGGUUACCCUCCCAGAACCUUAGUUCAUCUUGUUAUCUUUGUAUUUUUUUCUGUUUUUAUUUUAAUGGGGGGGGGGGUGUAGGAGUAGCUCUGUUCAUUUUUAUUCACUGUAAAUAUACAAAAAUAACUCUGAACGUGAUUCUGUUAUACCAAAUAAGAUUACAAAGGAUAUGCAGCAAUACGAAGUGUCUAUGGUAUGUUAACUACAUUUUGAAAAUAUUGAGUAAAACAAUGUGAAAACUGCACAUGAUACUAAAAUAUGACCUGUUAAGAUGGUAAUGUACUAAGAUAGUUUAAGAUUCUUGGUUGUGUAAGAAAAUAAAGUUUACCUCAAAAUUUUAAGAUACGUUUUUUUGGUAAGCCAUUUAAAAUACAGAAUUCUAUUUUGGGGACAGUAAGAAUGCUGUUCUAGGUUAAACAUCGUGACAGUGUUUUGGAAUAUUUCAGAUGUUAGUGCUAACUGGGUAAAGCUCAGCUUGGGGUAUUAGAAUUGGGGUUUUUUUGUUGUUAUUUUUUCCUAAAGCUGUGCUACCUGAAAAAUCCAGGAAUGUGCCUGGUGUGGUGUUUCAUUUAUCUGACUGGGGACUAGUAAUAUUGUGCCCUGGCCUUAAGUGCAGUGACUUUGCUGGGACAGUUCUAGGAUUGGCCCGGUGACUGAAGUCUGCACCAAUGAGACUCUCUCUCUGAGUAUCUUCCUGUUUCUCACCAGUCUUCGAGCCCUGACUAUGAGUCUAAGGAAUUCUCACAGCCUUUCUAAAAAUCAGCAUCUGGGGACCAGGUGAUCUGGGUGACUUGUACACAUUACUGGACUUCUCAUAAAUAGAGAGUUUCAUGCAGUCCAGUUCUGUUUCCUGGUGACUGGUUUCCAAUAUGGAUGGGAUCCGUGUGGUCAGCCAGCGUGGGGACUUAACAGUGUGAGUCUCCCCAACGUUUACCAUGCCUGUGACUUUCACUUAUAGGUCUACUUACCUACCGUGUUACCAGAACAAUUGAGAUAUUCUUACAGCCUGAGUUUUCUGCUCAGCUAGUUAUAACUAACUUUUUAGUUUUUUAAAAGUAGUAAAGUCCACAUACCCAUGAGAGAGAUUUAAAAAUCACUAGGAAGGUGGGGCUUAUCACAUUUUCUUUAAAGCUACUGCCUAACUUAUUCUUAAGCCUUGAGGAUGUGGACACAUAAAGACUUGUGUCAUAAACCAAAUAAUUAACAGAAGCAGAAACACCCAAAUAACCAGGUGGUCUUACUCGGGAGAAGAAAAACCGAUGUCUAGUAAUAGAGGAAAAAACAGCAUUUACUACAAGGAGAAGCUGAGAUUUAGAAAUUGAAUUUUUCCCCUUACAAGGUUUUUAAAUCUUAGAUGGGUGCUUCACUCUUUUUUACAAAGUUUUCUUCCCUCUGCUAUUUCCUCCUGCCUGUUUUACUCGUUUUUUAUUGUUAUUCAUACUGCUCACUUUCCCAUGCUUUUUGUAGGCUUCCCCCAUAUUGGAGAGGCCAGCUCUGCCUUCCAUGUAGUGAUAGUUCUGGUUAAAGCUCAUUUGCAGAGUUGGCUUGACUGCUUGGAAGUUAAACUGCUUUAUCCCAAAGCUUUCACUCAAGGGCUCCAACUGAAAACUAUGUUCCACUCUUGUCGCAGUUUAAUACAGACAAUAAAAGGAAUGUAAAAUUAA